UUGAAACUUGAAAAUUAUCAGUGUAUCGUUAAAAAGCGUUCAAUCAAUAUGUACUCCAAAAUUAUCGCCUUGAGCGCCGUUUUGGCGGUAUCCAGUGCUGGUCUCCUGGCUGCUCCCGCAGUUCACUACUCUCCAGCUUCCGCGGUCUCCUCACAGAGCAUCGUGCGCCAUGAGCAGCCAAUCGCCGUAGCCACUAACGUCGCAUACCAAUCUGCUCCAAUUUCAUACGCGUCUCCCGCUCGGUACUCCUCCGCUGUCUCCUCCCAAAACAUCGUCCGCCAUCAACAGCCUAUCGCCGUAGCUGCUCCCAUUGCCUACAACACCGCCUCUUAUGCCUCACCUCUCUCUUACGCUGCUCCAGCACGUUACUCAUCUGCCGCUGCAGUCUCCUCCCAGAACAUCGUUCGCCACCAACAGCCGAUCGCCGUAGCCGCUCCCAUUGCCUACAACACCGCCUCUUAUGCCUCACCUCUCUCUUACGCUGCUCCAGCUCGUUACUCAUCUGCUGCUGCAGUCUCCUCCCAGAACAUCGUUCGUCACGGACAGGCCAUUGCUCCCGCCCGUUUGGCCUACCAAGCCGCUCCUGCUAUAGUCGCUCCCGUUGUGCACGCUGCCCCAUUAGUCCACGCUGCUCCAGCCCGCGCCAUCAUCGCCCAACACGAGGAAUACGACGCCCACCCCAGCUACGACUUCUCCUACUCUGUAGCCGACGGACACACCGGUGACAACAAGUCCCAGCACGAGAGCCGCGACGGAGAUGUUGUACAUGGUGAAUACUCCUUGGUUGAAGCUGACGGCUCAAUCCGCCGUGUGGAGUACUCCGCCGAUGACCACAACGGCUUCAACGCCGUCGUCAGCAACUCUGCACCCGCUCACGCCGCCCCUGCCUACGCCCCGGCUGCUGUUCUCGCCCACCACUGAUCGGACCUAAUACAGAGUAGAAUAGGAUCGUUUGUAAUAGUUCUAUUUAUAACAAUAAAAGCACUAAACUCUA